AGUGCAGUACCUUCUCUCCUCCAGCUACAGUCAUCCUCCUCAUACUCCUGUGCUUUGAGGCUCUCCUCUUUCUCAUCUUCACUUCUGUGAUGUUCGGCACCCAAGUCCACUCCAUCUGUACCGACGAGACCGGAAUCGAGCGUUUGAAGGGAGAGACGGGGAAGUGGGGGAAGGUGCCAUGUUGGGAGGCCAUGCGGAUGGCGUUCGGUGGCCCCUUCUCUCUGUCCUGGUGCAGCCCCUUCGCAGGGCUGAGCUGCAAGACAACCCCCACGGAGCAUGUCCCUGUCCCACAGGGGGAGAUCAUCGAGGAGGACGUCAUAGAGAUACCACUAGACUAGCCUUGUCUGUCUUACAAAACACAAAGGAACUCUUUGGAGUUUUUAGACUUGUGACUUUAUUAGGGCUUUCCAACUAGUGAUAAACCUCGUGCAAUUCAUAUAUUUAUUUUUUUAUUUUCAUCUCAAAGACUUUUCUAUGUGUAAGUAUGGCCUCUUAUUCUCAGUGCAGCCAUAAGCAGAGUUAGGGGUACAGCUGGUCCGAUAUGAGAUUUUUUAAGACCAAUACUGACUUCAGAAUGAAGAAAUAGCAGAAUGUGAUUAUGGCAGCUGAUAUAUUGAAUUUUUAGCUGUAAUGAUAAUUGAACUUUUCCAUUUGGAUAGUGAACAGAUAUGACUAUGCAAAGGUGCUCAGGUGGCUUCCUUCUUAUAAAUAAUAUUAUUAAGAAAACAUGACUUUAUUAUACAUUGUCCAUCACUUCUAGAGAGAAUGUGCAGACAGUACUGAGAGUAUUAUAAACGGUUGUGAACCUUUGUGACUUUUCUCAGUCUACGUGCAGAUAUCUCUGCUGUGGGUAUCAGCUGAUACCAAGUACCAGUCUUAUACCAGUGUUCACUAACUAAACUGUAUGCAGUCAGUGUGUGAAAGUAAACGAUGCACAUUGUUUUCUGUAGGUGAAAUGUCACAACUUUGCAGAUAAUGCAAGAAGCAAUGACUUCUGUGUAGCAAGUGUAAACAAACCUCCUAACAGCUGACACGCCAUCUUCUUGUGAGCAAACAAUUGGUUCCCAAAGUUGGGAAACCAUAAUGAAGUACACAUAUAUCUAUGUACGUAAACAGGGAAUUGAAUAGUACCAAUAGUAACAGCACCGGAUUGGCCUGACACGGCUAUCCUAUCCCAUGAAGUGAUUUUAUUCAUGAAACUAUUUGUUAUUAAGAGUUAAAGCAUGAUUUUCUGGGGGGGAAACAAUAACAUGAACCCCCCCCGAGCAAUGUUUUCUACAAUUAUGUAAACAUCUUUCAUGUUGGCACACAUAAGAAAACACAUGUAAUACCAAUAUAUGUGUGAAAGGCCCAUGUCUACACAAUAAUAUAGGAUAGAAUCUAAUGUACAGGAGAUUAAACUUAAAGAUUUUUGUGAAUACUUUAACCAAACUGUAUCUUUGCCCUUUAGAAAUGUUCCGCUGUUGCACAAAAGGAAAUCUUAUAUGAUAUGUAAACGAUCAUUUUCUACUCACCUUGUGCUGCCAAACCUGCAGUAUUUAUUAUAA